CACCAACGGCAAAAUGGCGACGGAGAAUAGUGAACAUGGACCUGUGAACAUGGACACUGACAUGGACAUGCUCAGCGACGAGGAGCUGGAAAGGGAAGCAGAGGGCUUCAAAGAGCAAGGCAAUGCUUUCUACAUCAAGAAGGAUUAUGCUGAAGCAUACAAUUAUUAUAGCAAGGCAAUAGACAUGUGUCCAAAGAAUGCAAGUUACUAUGGGAACAGGGCGGCCACAUUAAUGAUGUUGUGUCGGUAUAGAGAGGCUUUAGAGGAUUCCCAGCAAGCAGUAAAACUAGAUAACACCUUUAUGAAGGGCCAUCUGCGAGAGGGCAAGUGCCACCUGUCCCUUGGUAAUGCAAUGGCUGCCAGCCGCUGUUUCCAGAGGGUUCUGGAGCUGGAGCCGGACAACAGCCAAGUCCAGCAGGAGAUGAAGAACGCAGAAUCUAUCCUUGAAUAUGAGAGAAUGGCAGAGAUUGGAUUUGAGAAGCGAGACUUCAGGAUGGUUGUCUUUUGCAUGGACCGUGCCUUGGAGUCUGGCUCAGCCUGUCACAGGUUUAAGAUACUGAAAGCAGAGUGCUUAGCCCUGCUGGGACGUUACCCCGAGGCUCAGUCUGUAGCCAGUGAUAUUUUGCGGAUGGACUCCACAAAUGCAGAUGCACUGUACGUGCGUGGUCUUUGUCUCUACUAUGAGGACUGCAUUGACAAGGCGGUCCAAUUCUUUGUCCAGGCCCUGCGCAUGGCUCCCGACCAUGACAAGGCUCGCCUUGCGUGCCGAAAUGCCAAAGCACUUAAAGCCAAGAAGGAGGAGGGGAACAAGGCAUUCAAGGAGGGAAACUUCGAGGCAGCCUAUGAGCUCUACUCUGAGGCACUGACAAUAGACCCCAACAACAUCAAGACUAAUGCCAAGCUGUACUGUAAUAGGGCCACUGUUGGCUCUAAGCUGAAGAAAUUAGAUCAGGCCAUUGAGGACUGCACCAAGGCAAUUAAACUGGAUGAGACCUAUAUCAAGGCUUAUUUACGGAGAGCACAGUGCUACAUGGACACAGAGCAGUAUGAAGAGGCUGUGCGAGACUACGAGAAGGUUUACCAGACAGAGAAGACAAAAGAACAUAAGCAUCUCCUAAAACAUGCCCAGUUGGAGUUGAAGAAAAGCAAGCGGAAAGAUUACUACAAAGUUCUCGGCGUGGAUAAGAAUGCCACAGAAGAUGAGAUCAAGAAAGCUUAUCGCAAACGUGCACUUUUACAUCACCCAGACCGCCACAGUGGCUCAAGUACUGAGGUGCAGAAAGAAGAGGAGAAGAAGUUUAAGGAGGUGGGCGAGGCUUUCAGUGUCCUUUCAGACCCAAAAAAGAAGUCCCGCUACGACAGCGGUCAGGACCUGGAGGAUGACGGCAUGAACAUGGGAGAUUUUGAUGCCAACAACAUUUUCAAGGCUUUCUUUGGAGGCCCAGGGGGUUUUAGUUUUGAAGCAUCUGGACCAGGAAAUUUCUUCUUCCAGUUUGGUUAAUUGGAAGAUUUGUCUACAGAAACGGUUACUACAACAGGACUUUUCAACAAUGUCAACUCCCUGACCCACCAUCCAUGUUUAUUGACUGACUGACUGAAAGUCAGGUUCUUUUCUAUACCGUUGACUGACUGAAUGCAACCCCAAUGUCGACCACACGCAGCAAAUGCCGAGAUGCCCAUAUAGCUAGGAUGCUAAGAUGGCUCCAAGUUGAUAGUGUUACUGGUUUUGGAUUUGGUUUUCUUCUGAGCAGAACGAAACACACUUGAAAAUCAGUAAUGGUUUGCAACACUGGUCCAACUAAAAGAUUGUGCAGCUAUUGUAUGCAAGCUUUCGAGAUUUGUGCAGGAAGUGAAAAACUCUUGAGAUGCACAUGAGCUUUGUGCGAACAAUUAUCCAGCUCAUCUCACCUUACUGCUGAGGGAGUUCUCCCUGCAUGAAAAUUAAUAACUUUGUUAAUUAUUCCUGAAGAAGUCACUGCGCACAGACAGAACUUCCCCUGUUUUUUGAAGAAUCUGGCUGCUGUAAAUCCACACUGAAAACUCCCUCCUCCUCCUCAUAAGAGCAUCACUUGAACAUUUUUUUUUUAAUGCACCACAGCUGGAGCUUUGACCUUACACGUACAGUAAAGCUGAACCACACUAGAAAGAUGGCAGUGGAGGCAGCUGCUCUGGCCUUGUUGCCAGCGGAGUCCCUCCCUCUUGUGUUCACAGGUUUUAUGUUUGAUGUUGCCAUUCACAGAUUGCUGCAUUGUACAUUUUACUGGAAUGUAAAGUGUUGAUUUGUGAUAAUAGUUUUUGUUUUUUUUUUUUUCAUUUUUUAAUUUUGAUAUGUAUAUUUAUUGUAAAUUUAUUGCUGUCUGAUAGAGCGGUAGGUGAAAGAUGAGGAUACUUUUCUGUAAAUGUGUGUGUGCACCAAGCAUCCAUUUUGACACAAAUUUAAGUCUCCACAAAAUACGGCACAGAAUUCAAAAUGUAAUUCAAAAUGUGUCCAUUAGUCCAAAAUUCAAACAGACUAAUUUUGCUCAACGCCACAGAUAAAUAUAGGAAUAGAGCAGUCAUGUGGUUGUAUCAUCAAUGACAAUCACUUCGGGGUCAUUGCUUUUUGACGAGAGCAGUGGGUUUUAUUUGGUGCACCUAAUAUGAAGAGAAAAGCAUCCUCAUCUUUGCUCUCUGUUUUUGCCCUUAUGGUGAAACCAUCCUCUCUUUACCCUUGAAAAAGUAACAGCUGUGUCAAUAAAGUUGGCCUCCUCUGA